UGGUCUGUAAGAAGAUGCAUAGAUCAGUGCAUUGCCAAUCAAGUUUCUUUUAUUUUGGUUCAUCAAGAUGGAAAAAUGUUUUAUUCUGGGCUCUAUUUUGACUUAAUUUCCGCCUUGGUGGUAUGAAGUCACCCUCUUUUUGUUGCUACUAGUACCCAUGCGUUCUUAAAAGUGGUAGAGCCGUUUGUUCGUUCUGGGCUACUGUAGAAACAUGGCGGUGCAACAUGGCGGCCUCUGUGGAAGAGGACCCGCUCCUAUGUAGAUAUAAAAGGACUCAUUCUCAGGUUGCAAAAACUCCAGCCGGCCAGGACGUCGCGUACACAGAUUUCCUGACAGGAAAAGGAGCCGUGCUGGCUUUAGUGCCUGGGUGCGUUUUGUGCAGGCGGAGAGACCGGACUUCACUACUGCGUCUGUUGCAAAAAGCGCGGUCGUGUGUGGCGCUCAUUUCAGACCGGAGGAUUAUCUUCCCAGCGAUAUGAUACAGUUCAGGAUGGGAUAUCGAAGCCGGGGCCGGGUGAGACUGACUACUGGUGCGGUUCCUUCACUGCACGCAGUGGCUGUAUCAAGGCCGCCAUCAGCAGCCGGUUCUGAUUUUGACGCCGGCGGGAGUAGGUCUAAUGGUCACCAGCCCGGCGUCAGAGAUUCAGCUCUACGAAAACGUAAACUGUGCACCCCGGUGUUGGGGGAGACUGCAAGUAAUGAAGGGACAGAUGCACCAACAGCCCGUGCUGCAGUGCCUGCAGACCCAGAGCAAGAGGCCGCCUCUCCACUGGCUCCUCAACCAUCUGUGCCUCAACCCUGUGGCUCACAGUGUGACCUCAGACCUUUACAUCGUUCAUCAGAUCCCUCUCUCCCUGUCUCCUCCCUGUGCCUUCUGGUUCCUCCACUUCAACUCCUCUCUGCAUCCAUGUGGCAAGUGCUGCAGCAACAAGACGUGUUGCAUUAUGGGAAACUGGAGGACUUUGUGUCUCUGGUGGUGGAGAUGUUCCCAGAGCUGCUGAGUGAGAGCCAGAGGACCGAGCUCACUCUGGGGCUGCAGGUGAGGGACAUGUCCCCAGCAGAGAUUGGCUGUAAAACUGACCCAGCCCUAGAGGUUCUGUUGUGGGAUUUCCUUUCCAGACUGGAACAGCUGCUGCCGGUACCAGACCUCAAACAGACCGUGUCCUGGCUCAGUGCUGCCCCCUCUGUCCUGGAGGUCUGUGUGCAGUCUGUUUCUUACCCAGACCAGCUGAAGACCCUUCUCAGGCACCACAGAAGUCUUGGACAGUUGGACAUGAAUGGGACACUUCCCUCCAUGGAGGACUACAAGCUGUCCUCUAUGUCCCGCCCUCCCUCUCAAAGAGCGGUGGAUUCUACCAAGCUGACGAACAACAAGAGCCAAUCGGAAUCCGUAACUGACUGCAUGAACUGUUUAAGCCCCGCCCCUUCAGAUGAACACAUAAAGGCAGAAUCUCUGAUAGACAGCUCAGAUUACACAAGGGUAGAGCCAAAGCCAAGUUUGAACAGAUGUGAAGACACAGAGGAGAAGACCGAGAGGAUGCGUGGAUAUCUGUUGAGCAGAGAGCAAAAAUACAAACUAACCAACAUGAAGGAGGAAGAUGAGGUGAGGCAGACUGUGAAAAUUGAGAGAGAGGAUGGUGUGAGAGAUGGAGAGAGACACAGGAAGGAGGAAGAAGAAGCGAGGGAGGAACAUAUAACUGAUCAAACUGGCAAAUUGGUGCAGAAUGUAGUAAAAACAGAACAUGGACAACAGGAAAGAGAGGAUCUGUCUACUGUGGUCACUUCCUGUCGGGUAAAACAGCCUAGAGUGCUGAUUGCCCGACUAGAAAUUGCCUCCACACCUUCUCUCUCCUCAGGACAAGCUGUUGAAGCGUCGUAUCGGGUCUUUGCCUGCUCCCAGUGCCCAUUCGUUCACACAGAGGAAGUGAAUUUUCAGCAGCACAUUGAGAUGGUUCACCCAGAGGAGCUGAACAGGACUGUGGUGUCCCAGCAACCUCCCAGCACCACAAAUCAGCACCUCACCCCACCUAAGACACCCCCCUCUCUUACACGGUCCGGCACUUUACGGGCCCACACAUGCUCCCAGUGUGGGAAGAGUUUCCGUAAUUUAAGUCGUCUGAAAGUGCACAAACGUACUCACACAGGGGAGCGUCCCUUCCCCUGCUCCCAGUGUGGAAAGAAUUUAAGCCGCUCGGAGACUUUGAAACAACACCUGCGAACUCAUACAGGUGAGCGCCCGUACCACUGCUCCCAGUGUGGAAAGAAUUUCAGUCACUGGGAUACUUUGAAACAACACCUGCGAACCCAUACAGGUGAGCGCCCGUACCACUGCUCCCAGUGUGGUAAGAGUUUCGGUCAUUCAAGUUAUUUGAAACAACACCUGCGAACCCAUACAGGUGAGCGCCCGUACCAGUGCUCCCAGUGUGGGAAGAGUUUCAUUCAGUCCAGUCAUUUGAAGCAACACCAGCGAAUCCAUACAGGUGAGCGUCCGUACCAGUGCUCCCACUGUGGGAAGAGUUUCCGUAAUUUAUAUCGUCUGAAGGUGCACAAACGUACUCACACAGGGGAGCGUCCCUUCCCCUGCUCCCAGUGUGGAAAGAAUUUCAGCCGCUCGGAGACUUUGAAACAACACCUACGAAUCCAUACAGGUGAGCGCCCGUACCACUGCUCCCAGUGUGGUAAGAGUUUCGGUCAUUCAAGUUAUUUGAAACAACACCUGGGAACCCAUACAGGUGAGCGCCCGUACCAGUGCUCCCAGUGUGGUAAGAAUUUCAGAUUUUUACGUAGUCUGAAGUUACACAGGCCAACUCAUACGGGUGAGCGGCCGUACCAGUGCUCCCAGUGUGAGAAGAGUUUUACUCAGCCUUAUUCUUUGAAGAAACACCAGCGAACCCAUACCGGUGAGCGUCCUUGCCACUGUUCCCAGUGUGGGAAGAAUUUCACGAAUUUAUAUGAUCUGAAGGUACACAGGCGAACUCAUGCAGGUGACUGCCUGUACCAGUGCUCCCAGUGUGAGAAGAGUUUCAAUAAGUCGAGUUAUUUGAAACAGCACCAGCGAACCCAUACUGGUGAGCGGCCGUACCAGUGCUCCCUGUGUGAGAAGAGUUUCACUCGGUCUUGUUCUUUGAAGAAACACCUGCGAACUCAUACAGGUGAGCGCCCAUACCACUGCUCUCAGUGUGGAAAGAGUUUUGGCAGAUCAGAUAAACUGAGGCUGCACCAGCGACUUCAUAUAGGGGAAUGCCCCUACCACUGAGUUUCAGUCAGUCAUACAAUUUGAAGGUACACCAGCAAACUCACACAGGGUAACGUCUGGAACACUCGCAAAUUUGCCAGGGAGAGGACACAAGCAUGCCCCCAUGCACAGUGACGAAGACUGAGAGGAAGGCCAAGAAUAUCCCAAGACCUGCAUUAUUUAGUGGAAUCUUCAUGUUAUCAAGCUGCAUAAUACUUGUUGGAUGCCACCUCAACAAGCACUUUGGAAGGGUUGCACAAAAGCAGCCCUUGCAGAAAGCAACAUGUAAAUUUAAGUGCCUGACCUUUGCCAAGCACCAUUGGAACUACAAUUGUCAUCAUGUGUUGUGGUCAAAUGAGUCCAAACAGCUUCUGUCUAGUGGCUGGUUGCACUAAUGUGUUAACUCAACUGGAACCCUUUAUAAAUGGCUGUUUUCUCUUUUUUUUUUUUU